CAUCACAUCCCCUGACAUACAUAGUUUCCGUAUCCUUCGCAAAAGCCAUUUCGGAAUGAUGAACUCACGGAGUCUUCUUCUCUUUCCAAAAUCCAUCACCUAUAAGCUGUUUCUUGCAGCCACAGCUGCAGCAGUCCUAGUAUCUACACUUGUCUCAGUCGAACCACCAGAAAAAUUGCCUACAAAAGAUGAUAAUGAGCAUCGUCAAAAUCAGCAGCUGCACCCGGAACUUUUUCAGAUUUUUGGUGCAGCCGGCCCCGAGAGCCUAGCAUUUAAAAAAGAUGGCACAGGAGCUGCUGCUGCUACUGGCCCUUAUGCCGGAGUUUCCGACGGCCGCAUAAUCCAGUGGCGGGGAAACGAGAGCCGGUGGGUCAAUUUUGCUAUAACAACCCCAGACAGAACUGGUUGUGAUGGUUCACAUGAUCCUGUGGAGGCAGAAUCCAGAUGUGGGAGACCAUUGGGCCUAAGUUUCAAUGAGAAAAGCGGUGAUCUGUACAUUGCAGAUGCUUACAUGGGCCUACUUUUGGUGGGCUCCAGUGGUGGAUUGGCAAUAUCUCUAGCAAAGGAAGCCCAAGGAAUUCCUUUUAAGUUUACCAAUGGUGUGGUUGUUGAUCAAACAAGUGGCAUAGUAUAUUUUACUGAUAGCAGUACAAAAUUCCAAAGGAGGGAAUACAUUUCUGUAAUACUUAGAGGUGACAACUCAGGUAGACUGAUGAAAUUCGAUCCUGUAACUAAUAAAGUCACUGUUCUUCUAGAUGGUCUUAUGUUCCCAAAUGGAGUGGCAUUGAGCAAAAAUGGUGAUUUUCUUCUUGUUGCUGAGACUACAAACUGCAGAAUACUGAAAUAUUGGCUUGAAGCAUCAAAGGCUGGCAAGGUUGAACCCUUCGCAGAACUUCCAGGCUUCCCAGACAACAUCAAAAGGAACCAAAAAGGUGAAUUUUGGGUGGCAAUUCAUUCCAGAAGAGAGGGUGUUUUUAACUGGAUUCUUUCAAAUCCUUGGUUACGAAAUUUUCUAGCCAUACUCCCUUUUGAUUUUACUAGAGCUCACUCAUUAUUAGGUGAUUAUGGAGGGCACGGAUUGGCAGUUAAAUUAAGUGAAAAUGGUGAUAUAAUACAGAUAUUAGAGGACAAAAGUGGGGAGACAUGGAAACACAGUAGUGAAAUAGCUGAAGAAAAUGGAUAUUUGUGGAUAGGAUCUGUAAAAUUACCUUAUGCUGUCAAAUUAAGAGUCUCCAAGUAAUAUGAACUUCUGAAAUUGAAAUUGACUUUGUCA